GUAAAAUGGUUUUCUGCGGUGGUCGUUGUUCCCCCGUCCACGGACAACUUCUUACCUCUAACCUCAGCAAAAGUUACUGAGGGGAACAGCCGCCGUCCCCGUGUUCGACGAAAUGCCUGAGAGAUGGGCUCGCACAUUCAAAAUCUUUUCAUUCCAUCCCCGCAGUUGAGCGCCCACUUCGUCUCCCCAUUCGUUUUCGCGUGCAGUCCCGCUUUGAAGGUCUGUUGUCCGCCGAAACCCAAAAGUAUUGCUCGCCUCGGAGUUGGGAAAGUGAUGGGCGUGUUCGGAAUUCUUGAGGCGAGGGGGAGGGGGAGAAUCGGGGGAUGCGAUUUGCGUUGUUGUGCGGGAGAGAUGGCGAGUGAAGGUGACGCAGAGCUGGAAGCGAGGGUUUUGGAGUUCAUGGAGAAAUCGGGAAAUCCCGAGGCGUUUCCGACCAGGAAGGAGUUGGAGAAAGCUGGAAGGUUCGAUUUGGUUGAUGCCAUUAGGGUCAGAGGAGGGUGGUUUGCUCUGGGUUGGGAUUCAGAACAAUCGGACAAUGAAUUCGAGAAGCUGGACAUUGAUUUUGAAAUCAAGAGGCUGAGAAGGAGAAUGAGGAGUUCUCGAGGAGCUGCAAAUUCUGCAAACAAGGAAUUGGAGACUGCAGUGUUUGAAGACAGUGAUGUGGAGUCAACUGGGUUUGAUUUCUCUUCUGAGAGUGUCUCUUACCCAGCUUCUUCGUCUGGUAGAUUAUUAGAAGCUGAAUCUGAGGAAGGAAGUGGGAUCGAGGGGAUACUAAGUCGAUUAGAAAGGGAGAGGAAUUCUUCCCUGGGUAUCAAUAUUGCAAAUUAUAGAAAUGGAGAUCAUGCAUCAAGCACAGAUGACCAAAAGAACCAGAACUCUGUUGCCACUGCUUCUGACAGGACUGACCUUGGAAUGAUCAAUAGCUUUCAGAGAGUUAGACCGGAUACAGGGAGAGCAUGGAGUAUUCAACGGGCUGGCUAUCAAGAUACAGAAUUUGAAGCUGAUGAGAUUGCUUUUAGUCAAAGUAGAGAAGGUGAAAGAAGAAUUUCAAUAACUGGCAUAGGUCCUCCUGCAGGAAAUGUUACCAAUGAUUCACAUAGGCAAAAUGGUAACAAUCACUACAACAUAAGAAGUCGUCUUCAGCACCUAGAAGUUGAACUUGCUUCAGCUCUUCAGCUGCUAAGCUCUAAAAGUGAAGAGCAUGCUUCAAGAGAGGCUACAGAAAUCUAUCCUGGUGAACUGCAGAAGCUUUCUGAUGCAUUGGAAUUCCAGGAGAAUGAAUUGAUGAAUGCUCAGGAGAGAUUGAGAGCAUUGCGUGCAAAGCUAGCUGUGGUUGAGGGCAAAAUGACCUUAGCAAUGAGUGAUUCACAAAAGAUGGUGGAAGCAAAGCAGAAAAGGAUUGAUAGUGCCAAUAAAGCUUUACAAUUUAUUCGGGAUGUCCAUAUAGUUUGGCCUAGUGCUGCUUCAGAAGUUUAUAUCACAGGGUCCUUUGAUGGUUGGGCAACUCAGAGGAAGAUGGAGAAAUCUAGUGCAGGUAUUUUUUCUGCGCGCUUGAAGCUUUAUCCUGGCAGAUAUGAGAUCAAAUUCAUUGUUGAUGGCGAAUGGAGGAUUGAUCCUUUGCGCCCCACCACCCAUAGCAAUGGAUACGAAAACAACCAACUCAUCAUCACAUGAAAGCAAAACCCAACCUCGGAAGUAAACUUUGAAUUCAACCAUUGUUGGUGCAAAUAUUUAUUUCGUGCGAUGUUUUCACACUAAGAGGGUGUUUGGUGGCGAUGGAACUGAUUUGGAUGACAUCAGAAGCGGGUUUUUUCAAUUGAAACAACCAAAUGCCUUCUUAGAAAAUCGCGUCCGAACUGAUUUUUUUCUCUAACUUAUUUGUAGCACACUUACCAAUGUAUGUCUAGUUUGGUCCUCCAUUAUUGAAGUCUAAUACUACCAGUGCUAUUGAUGCGCCAAACUUACCAAAGUCUUAAAUUAAUAAAAUAAAUCUAUAUUAACAUAUCCAUGUGCUCUUUUGUCUAUAAGAAUACAAGUUGUGUCAUAACAAAUACUUUGUACAAUACAUUCUUAAAGAGAUGAAAAAACCUACUGUAUAAAGUAAAAGUACAACCCAAGAAUAUCUAAUUACAAACCUAAAUUUCUAUGCCAUAUGGGUUACUGGCAAGAUGCUUGCAGGAUGAAAUCUUCAAAGGUAUUGGUAUGUAUACCUACCUGAUCCAAAGCUACUGGAAGAAAUUAGAUAUGCCACUUUGGUAUGUAUAGCUAAGCACUUCCCUUGCAGCAGACUAGCUCUAUUUCUAGUCAACAAUUUGUUUAUGCCAAUUAGCAGAUCAUCAUCAACAACAGAAAGUCUAGUCUGUCAUGUGAACAAAUUGAUUUGAGCAAAUUGGACAUCCUCUGAAUUCUCGCAAUGCAAUCUGAACUGCAAACAGAAAGACCAUUACGCAACUAAGUAUUAAAAAAUUCCCAAAGUAACAAAAAGUAUAAAAAAAAUCCUGUAACCAU